AUGGCGCAGCUCUACUACGGCGGCGGCGGCGGGGGGACCGGCCGCGGCGGCGGAGGCAGCGGGUCCGCGUCGCGCCGCGACCGCAUCCGGUUGCGCGUGGUGCGCGCCGAGCCCGAGCUGUCGGCGGAGGAGAAGGCGUACCUGAGCGCCGUGGAGAAGGGCGACUACGGCAGCGUGAAGCGCGCGCUGCGCGAGGCCGAGAUCUACUUCAAGAUCAACGUGAACUGCGUGGACCCGCUGGGGCGAACCGCGCUGCUCAUCGCCAUCGAGAACGAGAACCUGGAGAUGGUGGAGCUCCUGCUGGCGCACGACGUGCAUGUCGGGGACGCGCUGCUCCACGCCAUCCGCAAGGAGGUGGUGGGAGCCGUGGAGCUGCUGCUCAACCACAAGAAACCCAGCGGAGAGAAACAGGUUCCACCUAUCCUGCUGGACAAACAGUUCUCGGAGUUCACCCCCGACAUUACUCCCAUCAUCCUCGCUGCCCACACAAACAAUUAUGAAAUUAUUAAGAUGCUGGUGCAGAAAGGUGUGUCAGUGCCUCAGCCUCAUGAGGUGCGCUGCAACUGUUCCGAGUGCAUAUCCAGCUCAGAUGUGGACAGUCUCCGACACUCACGCUCACGCCUUAACAUCUACAGGGCCCUGGCAAGUCCGUCACUCAUCGCACUGUCUAGCGAGGACCCCUUCCUGACCGCCUUCCAGCUCAGCUGGGAGCUCCAAGAGCUUAGCAAGGUGGAGAACGAGUUCAAGACAGAAUACGAGGAGCUGUCUUAUCAGUGUAAUCGCUUUGCAAAGGACCUGCUGGACCAGACACGUUCCUCACGUGAACUGGAGCUUAUCCUCAACUUCCGUGACGAUCUUAGCCUCUUGGAUGAGGAGGGCAAUAAUGACUUAGCUCGGCUUAAACUGGCCAUCAAAUAUCGACAGAAAGAGUUUGUGGCUCAGCCGAACUGUCAGCAGCUCCUUGCUUCACGAUGGUACGAUGAGUUCCCCGGCUGGAGAAGGCGCCACUGGGCUGGCAAAUUCAUCACAUGCAUCUUCAUCGGUCUUCUCUUCCCCCUCUUCACCAUCUGCUACCUGGUGGCGCCCAAAAGCCGUAUCGGCCUCUUCAUCCGCAAGCCGUUCUUCAAGUUCAUCUGUCAUACGGCAUCUUACCUGACCUUCCUCUUCCUCCUCCUGCUGGCCUCGCGGCACAUCGUUCCUCUGGAUACUGACCACCAAGGUCCCAAGCCCACCCCUGUCGAGUGGAUGAUCCUCCCAUGGAUUAUAGGUUUCAUAUGGACAGAAAUCAAACAGAUGUGGGACGGUGGAUUACAGGAUUACAUCCACGACUGGUGGAACCUUAUGGAUUUUGUUAUGAACUCUCUUUACUUGGCCACCAUUUCACUGAAGUUAGUCGCAUAUAUAAAGUGCAAUGAGGGCUCAAGGUCCAGGGACGAUUGGGAAAUGUGGCACCCCACGCUGGUGGCCGAGGCUGUGUUCGCCAUCGCUAACAUCUUCAGCUCUCUACGCCUCAUCUCUCUCUUUACCGCCAAUUCCCACCUAGGCCCGCUGCAGAUCUCACUGGGCCGAAUGCUGUUAGACAUCCUCAAGUUCCUUUUCAUCUACUGCCUAGUGCUUGUGGCAUUCGCCAACGGACUCAACCAGCUCUAUUUCUACUACGAGACUACAAACCAUACCUGCACGGGCAUCCGCUGCAAAGAUCAGAACAAUGCUUUUUCAACGUUGUUUGAAACAUUGCAGUCUUUGUUCUGGUCCAUCUUCGGUCUCAUCAGUUUGUACGUGACCAACGUUGAACCUGACCACAAGUUCACAGAAUUCGUAGGAGCCACAAUGUUUGGCACGUAUAACAUCAUCUCCCUGGUGGUGCUUCUCAACAUGCUCAUCGCCAUGAUGAACAACUCGUAUCAGCACAUUGCAGAUCAUGCUGACAUUGAGUGGAAAUUUGCCAGGACUAAGUUGUGGAUGAGCUACUUCGAAGAAGGAGGUACACUGCCACCACCUUUCAACAUUAUCCCCAGCCCCAAAUCCGUGUGGUACCUCAUUAACUGGGUUAAAAUUCAUAUUUUCGGAAGGAAGUUGAGGAGUACAGAAACGUUUGGAGCGUUGGGGAGGAGGGCUGCUGAAAAAGUACGACUGAGUCACCAAUAUCAGGAAGUUCUGAGAAACCUGGUGAAGAGGUAUGUAGCAGCUAUGAUCAGAGAUGCCAAGAAAGAAGAGGGGCUCACCGAAGAAAACUUCAAGGAGUUGAAGCAGGAUAUCUCCAGUUUCCGCUUUGAGGUUCUGGGAAUGCUAAAGGGCAGUCGAAUGUCUCUGCGUGGACGCAAAAUGCUUUCAGGAACAUCAGCAUCUUCACAUCCGGGCUGUUUACACCAGUUCAAAAUCAAGCCAGUUCCAUGCGAGGUAAGCUCUGAACCUGUGCUGGAUCCUCGGAGCAGCCUCCUCAACGGCUCGGUCAUGUCCUUGCCUGAAACAUCUUCCAAAGCGAAGCACAGGAGUGACAUUUCCACUGACUUCGGUAUGUUCCAAAACUCUAAGCGAAAGACAAAUCACUGUUCCAACACAAACAUCUAUGCGGUAUUUGAAGACUGGGAAUCAGAGAUUGAGCAAUUUGACUGUACAGAGGAGGACAAAUGUGAACAGUCCCUGACUCAGAGACCUAUAGAUGAUGGAAAUGUGUCUAAGUCUGAGGAAGGAGCGGAACGAGAGCCAGUUCCAUCUGAGACCGGAGAUCAGAGCCGCUCUCCUUCACCGACAGACACAUAAUGUGAGCGAGAUGAUGAGCGAGAUCACCUUUUAAGGUCAGAAUCAGGGCCCUUCUCAUGCUGGUGGGCCGAGGCAUGCCGAGGUACAGUCGGGCCAUGAGGUGGAACUGGCAUACGUCUGAAAAUAGAUGUGCUUCUGAUCUAAAGUCUCAGGGAAAGGCCAAAGCCUGUGGCAUUUAUUUCUUCAGCAGUUCUAUAUACACGAAUGAAGAGUGAAUAUCCAACAAUUCAGGGCCAACACCAUGCUAUUACAUGCUGUGCAUCUUCGUGAGAAAAUGCUUGUAAAUCAUGCAAAUUUAAAGCAGGCUGCCUGAUCCAGGAACAAUACCCUGUACUUUUCAUUAAGCCUUAUUGUUCAUGCUUUUUUUUAGCAUGUACAAACAUAAAAGAACCCCUUUUUUUAUUCCUGUCAUUAUUAUUUUAUUUUUUCAUCUUCCUAGCAUUUGAAUAGUUGACUGGGUAAACAUUGCCAAAAAUUCAGAUGCAGAUGUUUUCAGGCAAUAACAUUUGAAAACAAAAUUUUAACCAUUUCUUAUGUAACAUUAUGCAGCUUAGCAUCACCUAAGACUGGCUCAUCACAGCCACUUGUUCUCCACCUACCUGCUUUUUUUUUUUUUUUGCACCGUAACCUUUAUACAAUGUAUAAACCAUGUAGACUAAACAACGUCAAUGCAUAUUUAAAGCUGUAUUCAGAGUUGACUUUAAAAGAUUACCGCAGAGAAAGUUGCCAGGUGUUCUUGUGCCAAGCUUUUAAGGCAAAUUUUUUUUUUCUGUUGUUUCUUGACUACUCCUUUCACUUUAAAACUGAUAAAAGCGAUAUCAUGGGUUUUGAAAUAUACUGCGGUGGAACAGAAAGAGACAAUAAAAAUAAAGAAGAUAAAGAAGUAGAAAUAAACAUAAAGAGUAAAUGUGAUAGUUUCCCAGUAAUCAGUAUGUACUGUGUACACAUUUUAUAUGUACGUAUGUAUGUAUAAUGUCACAGUAAAUUAGUGAAACAGGAACUCAAUUUUCCCAGACCGCCAAGCAAAUUGUGAAUCCAUUCAGGUUGACUGUUCCUAACUGUCAUGUCCUAGUUAGGAUAAUUAUGUUUGUUUGCCAUCUUUGCUAAUUUGUUUUAAAUUCUCUAUUUGGUUCCCACCCAGUGUAAUAGGCUUCUUGUCUGCCAUGUGGAGUCCCAGUCAAUGCCCCACACCCGGCCACUGGGGUUGCAGGCCAAUCUUAGACAAUGUACACAUUACAGUCCAAUUCUGAUUAUUUUAGUCACAUUCACAUUCAUAAUUUUCAUUUAAAGUCAGACUUUUAUCUGACUCUAAUGUGGAUGCAUCUAUCCCCUGAAACGGCACACAUGCUCUCGUCGAUACAUUUUUGGAUCGUCCCAUCUGGGUUAAAAUAUGUCAUGAGUUUAUGUCACCACUCAUUCAUUUCAAACAAUGGACGCAUUUUGCUCUGGAGGACUGCAAGCACUUAGCUGGAUGUAUUUGUUGAGGUGCAGAAGAAGGAAGAAAGCCAGACGCCUCGCCUCGCUUUAGAUGUUUUAUCAGCUGUUGCUAGCACUGCCAUGAAGUCCCUGCUCUCUCAGUGCUGACUAACGUCACCAAGCACCUUAAACUCAUGUAUUUCUGAUUUACCUAUUCUCAUUAAAGUUACAUGACCAAAUGUCAGGUAUAUAUCCUAUCUAGAACCACAUAUGGAAGUGACCCCGAAAAACAGCCUCCAAAAAUAAGGUCAAUAUCACCUUAAAGUAAAAAAUUGGAAUUAAGUCACUUUAAGCUGGAAAUUUGAAUGUAGCCAUAGUGCUGGGUUUAUUUAGUAUUGUGCAGACCUGGCAAUUCACUGUGGAGACCUCCUUAUGAUGGAGAGCAUCCAAAAGAACAACAAGAUUUGAGAGAUUUUAAUAUUAAUAAUAAUAAUAAUAAUAAUAAUAAUAAUAAUAAGAGAAAUGCCUUGUACCAUCAGGAUCAGGGUUUGAUUCCAGCCUUAGGUCUGUGUGCAUGGAGUUUGCAUGUUCGUGCUUGGCAGGUUUCCUCCGGAUAUUCCGAUUUCCUCCCGCAGUCCAAAGCCAUGCAGAUUAGUUUUAAUUGGAGUUUCCAAAUUGCCCGUUAUGUGUGUACCGUAAUGGAUUGGCACCCUGACCAUAGUGUACCCCAACUCGUGCCCUAAUUCUUCUGGGAUAGAAUUCAGGCUCCACACACCCCUGUACACAGAAUAAAGCGGCAUAGAUAUUUAAUUAAUAAAUGAAUAAUAUAGAAAAUAUGAAUAGCUUACAUGUUGAACUAGAUGUCCAGUAAAGCACACAACACCAAAACGUUGGAAAGGUUUUGAAUAAAGUGUUGCAGCUGCUCUUAUAAUUUUGGAUAAUUCAUAUAAUUGUGUAUUUCUUAAAAGCAGUUUUACAUUAUAUUGAAUAUAAUGCUGUUUAAAGUCAAUGUAGCUUUCGGCCCUUAUUGCAGUUAUAACUUUUAAUGCAAACAGCACAAGUUGAUUUGAAUAGCUAUAUGCAAGUGAAAUGAAGCUAUGUACUGAGGACUGAGUACAGAUGUGCACAGGUUUAGUAUUAAAUCCUCACUACAUGGGCUUAACUCUGAAUACAGGCCUCGGUGUAAAAUCGUGCAUUUAAUUUAAUCUACACUGAAUAUAUCAAGCUCAUCUUUUGUGCCCUUAUAUUAUCAUGCUCAUAUUCUCUAAGCAACUGUAGCACUGUAUAACACCUGAAAGUUAGUCUACACCGAUCCAUUUAGCAUUAUGAACUAUACCUGGGUUUAGUAUGUUAUGCAUUACAUAUUAUACUCAAUAAAAACUA